AUGACUGAAAACGAGGUUUUUUUGGCAACAGCAGUAGUAAUGGUAGCGGACAAGUUUGACAAAUAUCACCAAAUGCGAGCCAUAUUAGAUUCCGGCUCUCAAGUAAAUUUGAUGUGUGAGAAUCUUGCUCAAAAACUGUUACUAAAAAAAACGUCUUGUAAAUUAGAUGCUAGCUGUGUUGGAGACGUUGUAACUAGCUUUAAAACAAAGACUGUGGCUACCAUUAAAUCAAGAAUAAAUGAGUUCGAAGUCAGUCUGCAAUUUUAUGUUUUACCGAAAAUAACAAGCUCCACACCUAAUCGUUAUGUCGAUGUUGCGGACUGGAAUUUACCAAAAAAUAUUCAAAUGGCUGAUCCAAUGUCCAAUAAGCCAGCGCGUAUAGAUAUUUUAAUUGGUGCGGAAAUUUUCCCCGAUUUGUUGUCGAUUGGACGAAUUUAUUUUAAUGAAAGGUUGCCAACCCUACAGAAAUCCAUAGUUGCUUUGCCUGCAACUAUCCACCCUACCGAAGAAGAAGAGGAAUGCGAGAAAAUUUUCCGUGAAUCAAUUUGUAGAGAUACAUCUGGCCGAUUUAUUACGAAAAUUCCAUUUAAAACAACAGUGAGUGAUUUGGGUGGUUCCUAUAAUGCUGCCAAACGACUGUUGCUGUCACUAGAGCGUAGGUUGAGUAGAGAUCGCUCUACACGAGACGUUUACAACGCAUUUAUGGAUGAGUACCUCUCUUUAGGACACAUGACGAUCGUUGAAGAAGCUGAUAUGGAUAAGAUAAAAUAUUUUGCACCGCAUCAGUAUGUGCUACUACCAGACUCCACGAGUACGAAACUUCAAGAUGACCUGUUAUCUAUAAUACUGCGAUUUAGAUGUUACAAAUAUGCAAUUACGGCAGAUGUAACAAAAAUGUAUCGCCAAGCAUGGGUGACUGAUGAUGAUGCGAAUUAUCAAACGAUUUUGUGGAGGUCUUACUCAGACGAAAACAUAAAGGCCUAUCGCUUGCGAAGCAUUACUUAUGGUACAACAUCUGUCCCCUAUUUAGCUACAAGAUGCUUAAAACAGUUAAGUGAAGAUUAUAUCUAUAAAUAUCCGAUUGGAUCGAGAAAGGUGUUAUCUGAUUUUUAUAUGGAUGAUUUGAUCAGUGGAUCAAACGAUGAAGAUGAAAUUUUUGAAAUAUAUAAUCAAGUAUCAGCAGUAAUGAACUCAGCAAAAUUUAAGUUAAGGAAGUGGUUUUCAAAUAGUGAAAAAUUUCUUAAUUUCGCACCUGAUGAAGAAAAGACUCUUCGGAUGAUUGAUGAGGAAAUAAUAAAAAUCAUCAUUGGUAUCAUCUGGGCUCCAGUGGGAGAUACGUUUCGAUACGUUUGGCCAGAUUUUGAUAGCUCGAAAGCGGUGACAAAAAGAAUAGUGUUGUCGGAACUAUCUAAGUUGUUUGAUCCCCUUGGGCUUAUUAACCCAUUAAUCGUAAAGGUGAAGAUUUUCAUGCAAGAUUUGUGGAUAUUGAAGGCUAAUUGGGAUGAAUCCCUACCAAUGACUUUACAUAGUCAAUGGAUAGAAUUCCGCGAAAAUCAAGAAAAUAAGUGCGCCUCGAUUUGUUUUGGCAGAAAAAAGAGUUGCUAG